AUGCGUUCCUUCGUGGUUUUAUUCCUAGCGUUCGCAGUUGCUUUGGCAGCUGAAGAACAAGUCAGCACAACUGUCCAGCCAAUCAGUCGUGCCACCGCCACCGCAACCGUCACCACAUUGAACCCGUACAGGUUCUACUCUAACCGUUUCAACCCAGUUGUUCCCAAUGUAGGACGCUACGACCCUGGUCUCUACAACCCCGGCAGCUACAACGCAGGCGCAUACGAUAACUCUGGACGUUACGUCCCAGACAACUCUGGUGCUUACAACGGGGACCGUGGUGACCGCGGUAGCGCUGGUGGCUUCUACUCUGGUUCCUCUGAUGCAGGAAGCGCCGGUGGUGCUUACGUACCAAACGCUGAACCUGUUGUUCCAUACAAGCCAGAAAGCAAACCAGUUGUUAACGUCGCUAUCAACGGUGUUGUUGAAUCCGAGAAGGUCGUUACCACUGCUGCCCCCGUCACCGCUACCGUACCUGUGACCACUUUCGCCCCUACAACCGCCGCCCCUGUCACCACAUUCGCCCCUGUCACCACAGGUGCCCCCAUUACAACAGCCGUCCCCGUCACAACAGCUGCCCCCGUUACAACAGCCGUACCUGUUACUACACCAGUUGCAGUCCCAGAGGUCCCGGUUACCACAUCCGCACCCGUCACAACAGGGGCACCCUUCUAUGUGUCUUCAACUCCCUUCUACGUCCCCAGCACAUACAAGCCAUACAAGCCGUUCGUGCCAGUAGCCCCCGUUGCCCCCGCUGCCCCCGUUGCCCCAUUUGUCCCAGUUGUUCCUAAAGUAGUGGUACCCAACCCCUACAACUACGGCAACGAAUACAACUACGGAAUCGUCCGCCAAGAAGCCGACGUUCUCCCUGAUGCCUACCACUACUUAUACGAAACUCAGAACCAAAUCCUCGCCGAAGAGGCCGGCCACGUUGAGAAGAUCAACAAUGAGUACGAAGGCAUGAGGGUCAAGGGUUUCUUCCAAUAUGUUGGUCCCGACGGUGUCACCUACAGAGUGGACUACACCGCUGACGAGAACGGUUUCGUUCCAGUCGCUGCUCACUUGCCCAAAUAA